UUUUCCCCUUCUCUCCUCUCCCCCUCCCACUUAUCCCUUUUCCGACCAUGUUGUCCACUUUUCCGGCUUCUUUCCCCGGCGACGCCCUCCUCGGCAACCCCUUCGAACCCGGUUUCUAUUGGGAUAACCACGACCUCCCUUUUUUCUUUAACCAACAAGAUGAACCGGUUGUUUUCUCCCAUGAACUGGAUCCGGUCAGUUCCAAUUCCGGUUCGCCCACCCAAAACCCGGCCUGUAGUUCCGGUUCGGACGACCAGGACCCGGAUAAAUUUAAUAAAAAACGGUCCGGGUGCGGUAAGACUGUUUUGGAUGAUCGAAAGCGUAGGCGUAUGAUGUCGAACCGGGAGUCGGCGCGGCGGUCCCGAAUGCGAAAACAGAAACACUUGGAGAAUCUGAGGAACCAAGCGAACCGGCUUAAGGUUGGGAACCGAGAACAAAUGAACCGGCUCCGGUUUAUUGUUUGCCAAACCCGGAUGUUCCGAGGCGAAAAUGAACGCCUCCGUAACGAGGCGGUGGUGCUCCGGCAAAGACUCUGGGACAUUCGCCAAGUAUUGGUUGUCCGGCAGCUUCAGCAGAUUAUGAAUCCAAUGCAAAUGCUAAAUAAUCACCCCACUUUAUAAUGAGGAUUAAGUUAAUUAAUCGAUUAAUUACAAAAUCUAGCACAUAAAAAUCAAUCACUAGUAUUGAAUUGAAUGUGCACGGACCCUCCCUCUCCCUCUCCCUCUCCCUCUCUGAAUAGUGCUUGUGAAAAUUAGUUAUAUAUAGCUAGUACGAGUAGAGGUAAUCGAAAUUGGUUGGUUCUCUUUAUUUAUCGGAAUCAGAGUAAAUUAUUUUGUACUUAGAGAAUCGCUAGA